UACAUUCUCUUAAGCACCUGACUAGUACAGUUUGUUAGUUUGUGCCAGUGAAUAGACGGAUAUGAACAUCAUGUUUGCGGUUAGUUCUGGACGCUACACUCGUGCAAAUUUUAUUUUGCCACUAUUAAUUAUCAUCCAACUUGGCUUACACACAGUUGAGGGAGUAUGGCCUUUACCACAGGCUUUCACCUCCUCAACGGAGCGAUACCCACUGAACCCACAGGCUUUCUACUUCGGCUAUGGAAAACAGUCGGCAGCACAGCAGGGCUGUUCUGUUCUGGAUACUGCAUUCAAGAGAUAUUUUUCUCUUAUUUUUCCAGACUAUUCAUCUGCAAACGGUGUCCUGCGAUUCAGUGUGGAUAAACCAUUUCUUGUGGAGGUCAGUGUAGAUCAGGAUGACUGCGAGAGUUACCCACAGGAGGACUCCUCUGAGAAAUACAACCUGAGUGUCUGUGAGGGGAAAGCAUCUCUGAAGGCAGAAACUGUGUGGGGUGCUGUAAGAGGUCUGGAAACCUUCAGUCAGAUGGUGUAUCAAGAUGAUUUUGGCUCAUAUUUUGUGAACAAGACUGAGAUUGAGGACUUCCCCCGGUUUCAGUUCAGAGGGAUUUUGUUGGACACUUCACGUCACUAUUUACCUGUGCAGGCCAUUUUAAAAACUCUGGAUGCAAUGGCCUACAGUAAGUUCAAUGUGUUUCAUUGGCACAUUGUUGAUGAUCCCUCAUUCCCUUACCAGAGCAGCACCUUUCCAGACCUCUCCAGUAAGGGGGCUUUCCAUCCUAUGACUCACAUAUACACACAGUCAGAUGUGAGAAGAGUGAUCUCAUAUGCCAGGCUGCAGGGAAUAAGGGUCCUUCCUGAGUUUGAUUCACCGGGCCAUACCAAAUCUUGGGGCAAAGGGCAGUCUGACCUGUUGACUCCCUGCUACAGAGGGAGCACUCCUUCAGGUACUUUUGGUCCUGUGAAUCCGGUGUUACCCUCCACCUACCAGUUCAUGGAAAAACUAUUUAAGGAAGUGUCAUCUGUGUUUCCUGAUUCCUAUAUCCACCUGGGAGGAGAUGAGGUUAACUUUUCCUGCUGGAAAUCCAACCCUGAUGUCCGCGCAUUCAUGCAGAAGAUGGGAUUUGGAGCAGACUUCACCAAACUCGAGGCAUUCUACAUAGAGAACAUUGUGAAUAUCACUUCAGCUCUCAACAAAACCUCUAUCGUGUGGCAGGAUGUUUUUGACUACCAUGAAAAAAUUCCUGAGGACACAGUGCUGCACAUCUGGAAGGGCCUACCAGAAGUUUAUCAGACAGAGCUCAGCAGGAUCACCAAAGCUGGCAAGAGGGUCCUGCUGGCUGCUCCGUGGUACAUUAACCACAUUUCCUAUGGCCAGGACUGGCGCAACUACUACACUGUGCAGCCACAGAAUUUUUCUGGUACUGAGGAACAGAAGAAGCUAGUGAUAGGGGGCGAGGUCUGCAUGUGGGGAGAAUAUGUUGACGCCACCAAUCUGAAUCCACGUCUUUGGCCGAGGGCAAGUGCAGCAGCAGAGAGACUGUGGAGUGAUGAGAAGCAGACCUCUAGCGUGGACAGCGCAUUUCCUCGUUUGCAGGACUUUCGCUGCAAGCUUGUGAGGCGUGGUAUCCAGGCAGAGCCUCUCUAUGUUGGACACUGCAAACAUGAGUACCAAGGUGUUUGAAGAUGCUGGAUGGACUAAAAUUACAAGAUUUUUCUGAGUGCUUGAACUGUUUAAGUUCAUAGUUGCCUUCAUAGUGGAUUGUGGAAAAAAACCUUUUGUGGGGCAUUUAAAGUUUUACUAAAUAUUUUGUUCUUUCAGUCUUCAUCAUGUACACACUCAAAUGCUGUCUUAGGGACCUAUCUCAUACCUGUAUAGUUUUUCAUUUUUGUAAUAGUUGAGUAGUUAGUAAAUCGGUCAGUUCUACAUCUUGAAUAUUGAGUACUACACUGUAAUGUCAUGUUGAUUAAAGACAAGAUGACAGCAAAAUAUUCAAUGUACAGUUUUAAAUUAAAUAUUAACAUUGGCAGUAUGCUGUAGCUUGUGGUCUUGCACUGAAAUGUAAUAAAAAUUAUGUUGGUGUGCA